UUUCACAGCUCGAAGGGAGAGUAUGUUUGGCCGGUGUAAACCCUGUGAAAUUUUCGGGUCUCUCAAGUCAACGGUCGGCCGGUAAGCAGAAGGAGCGGUUCCUUAUUCCACUUGCGCACCGACGGCCCAUCAGAAACCACAGUGCACGUCUAAUCUCCUCUGGUCGCCGUUCAAUCCGUCGCACCAAAAGUAACCGGCACUGUCGCGAUCCUUAUCACCUCGAUCUUCAUAUCCUGAUGGCAGAAGAAGUUGACUACGAAGGCCUCCAAAAUGCCAGUCUGGGUGUCAACAUGAUGGCCGGGGCGUUAGCUGGGAUCUCGGAGCAUGUGGUCAUGUAUCCUGUUGAUAGUAUCAAGACGAGGAUGCAAGUAGUCGCAGGACCAGCGAUGAAUAACGUUAAUAGUGGCGUGACGACCGAGGUGUACAAGACGAUGACCUCUACUUUCCGGUCUGUUGCUACGACUGAAGGAACGAAACGUCUGUGGAAGGGCGUCAGCUCAGUCUUCAUGGGUGCCGGUCCAGCACAUGCAGUCUACUUUGGAACCUACGAAAUGACGAAGGAGGCCUUCGGGGGCAAUCAGCGAGGCCAACAAAUCCUUGCCACUGGUGCGGCUGGCUCGAUGGCAACGAUCGCUAGCGAUGCCCUAAUGAACCCUUUUGAUGUUAUCAAACAAAGAAUGCAGAUUCAGGGCUCUAAGCACAAAACAGCUAUUUCUGCAGCCAGAGCAGUUUACCAGGCCGAAGGGCUUAGGGCGUUUUACAUCUCUUACCCCACAACAUUGACGAUGUCGAUACCAUUCACGGCCGUUCAAUUUUCGACAUAUGAGGAACUGAAGCGACUAGCAAACCCGGUCGAUGCUUACUCUCCAAUUACCCAUGUCGUUUGCGGAGGGAUUUCAGGCGCGUUCGGGGCGGCUGUAACAACACCACUGGACGUGUGCAAGACCUUGCUGCAGACUAAAGGAACUUCUACCGACCCGGAAAUUCGCAACUGUCGUGGAAUGCUGGAUGCUUGUAAGCUUAUCCACCGCAACAUGGGAUUGAUAGGUUUUACCCGGGGGAUUGUACCCCGCGUCUUGACAUUCAUGCCAAGUAAUGCCUUAUGUUGGCUCUCUUAUGAAUUCUUCAAAAUGUUCUUCCUAGGCGAAACCACCUAAUUGAUCACCAACAAAAAUACAAUUAUUUAUUUCUACAACGACCCACCAAAAACAAGCUGAAUGCGGAAUCUGUCUUGAAACCAUUUACCCAAUUCUUACAUUUUCAGUACCUAGACAUGGACAAAGCUAAUGAUUAUCAUCAUCUUUAAAAAGCUUUAUGUCAGAGAGAAGAAGAAGAAAAAAAAACGCAACCUGUCAACUCUCCUUCAUUAUAUGUUAUAUGUGUGAAGUUUUCGCUUUCAAUCAUUCUUUCAUCUCCCACAGGACUGA